AUGCUCCACAUCGCUCCUAAGCUUUGUCCGACUGUUUUCAAUCGACCCAUAAGAUUCGGCGAAUCAGUAUACUCUUCCGUUACCUCAUCUGACGUGCGAUUCGACGCAACUCAGGUUUUCAAUAGUCUUCACAAAGCGUACGGCAAGACUCUAGACCCUCAUCUGACGAGCCAAGAUCCUUUCUAUGCUGUCAGCGAGGUGUACUCGUUUGCUGCUGCGGCCGAGAACCAGUUUUUGAAUAUGAUGAGAAACAUUCUCGACAACCGAAUCGAGAGCAUCGUGAGAGAGAGCCUUCAGAGUAAGAACUCGACACACGAUGCUCUUCCCGAACGUGCCAAUAUACAGUAUGAUCGUACUAUUCUCGACGCCCAUUCCGAUCGCAUUAGCAAUGUCAUUGCGUUCCUCAAAGCAGCCGACGACCCAGUGUGGUUUCCAAAUGUCGAUCACCAUGAUCGACGCGAAGCCGUUAGAGCACGGACGAGCCUCGUGCACGAUUUUCAGCAUCUUCAUGCUCAAAUAAUACAGUUGAUCCAGCGUUGUGAGAGGGCUAUGGAUAUGGUUGCACACAAUGCCUCUCUAUUGGAAGCCAAAAGAUCAAAUCUACAAUCUGAGGGACUGGAGAAGUUAACACGCCUGACGACAAUUGUAACCCUGCUCUACGUACCGCUUUCGUUCGUAUGCACUUUCUUUGGCAUGAACUUCUCAACUUUUGGACAGGGCAAGUUGAGCCUUUGGAUCUGGGCUGCGGUCAGUGCUCCGGUGAUGUUAGUUUCGCUAGUCUUUCUCAGGCGGAUGUUGAAAAAUGAUUCCAAGAAGACGCGGCUUUGA